GAAAAAGACAGUUACACAGAAUAUUUACACUGUCUGUCGCCAACAAAUAAAACAAAACGUCUAUUUUUCUCUCUCCUCUCUUUCGCCGUGAAUGGCGACAACACAAGGGGUCGCUCAGCCUUCGACCAAGAAACGAAGCUUCCUCCUCCGUGAUAUCUUCAAAAUUUGCCGAUCAAUCUCAAGCGUUUUGCCGCGUGAGAAGCCUAAUCAUAAACACGAACGAAAGCUACACACCGAAUCCAAACGCCACGAAGAUCACAAAUCCAACGUCACUAACCAGCCAAACGCCUUCAAUUUCCAGAUAUUUUCUCAGGAAGCCAAGGUUACUAAGGUGGAAGGUGUGAGUCUUUGCAAGGUUCGUAGCUACAAUAGACUCAACAGCGUGGGACACAAGAAGCCAUUAUCUUUAUCAAGAAGUUAUAGCCACAACACAGCCGCGGUCAGGCAGGGUUCAUCAUGUAUAGGGAUGAGCAAAAGCAGCAGCAACAGGACGGAUUCAGCUGGUUUUAUGCGUACACUUAGGAGAUCCACGACCACAUCGCCUAGGAGCUUUGCAAACCCAAUAUUGUACUCGACCUCAUCCGAAAAAGUGGCUAAACCUCAACCAACAGAGAAGAAACUAAGCUGCACGCUCGAGGAGCUAUGCAACGGAUGCACUAAGAAGAUCAAGAUCAAGAGAGAUGUGACUACAACCUCAGGGCAACUGAGCGAGGAGGAAGAGACGGUGGAAAUAAAAGUGAAACCAGGAUGGAAAGGAGGAACCAAAGUGACAUUCGAAGGAAAAGGAAACGAAGCAAUGGGGAGUUGUGUACCGGCUGAUUUGACAUUCAUGAUAGUUGAGAAAGAGCACGAGGUGUUUAAAAGAAAAGGUGACGACCUAGAAAUGGCGGUGGAAGUCUCUCUUCUCGAAGCUUUGACGGGGUUUGAGCUCUGUGUCGCUUUACCUGAUGGCGACAACAUGAGUUUGAAGAUUGAAGAUGUUAUUCACCCCGGAUAUGUUACAGUCAUUCAUGGCAAAGGGAUGCCAAAACCAAAAGAUAAAGGGAAGACGAGAGGAGAUUUGAGAGUUCGGUUUCGGGCUAAGUUCCCGGAACAGCUUACAGAUUCUCAAAGAGCAGAGAUUCAGAGCAUUCUUCAGAAUGAUUCUUGAUCCUGGUUCUUUCUAUCUUAUUUAUUUUUCUUUCUUUUCUAAGGGAGCUUUUAGGACAUGGUUAAUUAUAGAUUAAGAAUCCAAAGACUCUUCAAUUUUUUUUUUUGUAAAAAUAAAGUUUAAAUGAAGAAAAAUCAGAUUUCCAUAAUCAA